GUCUUCAUUUCCACCGGCCUUGUGGGUCUGCUAAUCGGCAGAAGCAUUAUGCUGGUGUUUGACACCGUCUUUGACACCAUCAUCUAUUGCUACGCUUUAGAGAUGCGACGGCAGAAGCAUGAAAGCCUCAUGCGCAUGAUGAUGGCUGAUGCGGACGGCGAUGGGGUCCCCGACUACCUCUGCUUUUUGCCUCGGCCGGAUGGAAGUUCUGACGAG